GGUGUUAAUUAAAAGAUAAUAUUUAAUAAAAUAACAGAGUACAGUCUCAUUUGUAGGAGGAAAUUUGUAUGAAAAAAAAAAUUAAGGUGCCAAAGUAAUAAUGACGUUUGAACUAGAUUUGUAAUGUGUGGAUGAAGCCACGUAAUUGACACGUCACUUGUAACGAACCAAUAAUAUUCAAUUCUCUCGAUUUGCUUUUUAAAUGUUACUCCAAUCAUUUCUUUUUUAAUUCAUAACUUAAGUUGAUCCAUCCGGACAUUAUUAAACAGUUCAAAAUGAAGAUGGCCGCCGAGGUGAGGUGGCUCUUAGUAUUUAUUGCAUUUCCGGCUUUUUCUUUGGUUUCUGCCGAAACUCCUCAUGGAAAAUUUGAGUAUAAGUAUUCCUUCAAACCACCUUAUCUAGCGCAAAAGGAUGGAUCAGUACCUUUUUGGGAAUAUGGUGGAAAUGCCAUUGCUAGCGCUGAAAAUGUUAGAGUUGCUCCGUCGUUAAGGAGUCAAAAAGGUGCAAUAUGGGUAAAGAAUCCAAUUAAUUUUGACUGGUGGGAAGCGGACAUAAUGUUCAGAAUCACUGGUCGUGGUAGAAUUGGUGCAGAUGGUUUAGCGUUCUGGUAUACCAGUGCCAAAGGUGCCUACAACGGCACUGUUUUUGGUAGUUCUGAUCAAUGGAACGGCCUUGGAGUUUUCUUCGACUCUUUUGACAACGACAAUAAACACAACAAUCCAUAUAUUAUGGCUGUUCUUAAUGAUGGCACCAAAAUUUUUGAUCAUUCCAACGAUGGUACAACGCAACUAUUAUCAGGUUGUCUGAGAGAUUUUCGUAACAAACCUUAUGCUACACGUGCAAGAAUAGAAUAUUACCAGAAUACGCUAACGUUACUCUUUCAUAGUGGUAUGACUAAUAAUGAACAAGAUUAUGAGACUUGUUUCCGUGCAGAAAAUGUAUUUUUACCAAAAUAUGGAUAUUUUGGUAUAUCAGCUGCAACAGGUGGUUUGGCUGAUGAUCAUGACGUUAUACAUUUCUUAACGACAUCCUUACAUCGUCCUGGUCAAUUACCUACCGAUGGUUACCAAGUUUCUGCGGAAGAUCAAGUUAAAUUAAGUCAAGAAUACCAAGAUUAUCAAAAGAAAUUGGAGCAACAAAAAGAAGAAUAUCAUAGAGAUCAUCCAGAUGAACGUAGAGAAAAGGACGAAUUCGAAGAAUAUUUUGAAACAGAUAAUCAGAGAGAAUUGAGACAGAUUUUUGCUGGUCAAAGUCAUAUGUUCAACAUAUUAAAAGAAGUUAGUAAAAAGUUAGAUGAAGUUGUUGGACGACAAGAAAGAACAUUAAGUUUGAUUUCUCAAAUUCAAGUGGGUGGAGUUGUAGGACAAGGACAAGUACAAGGACAGGGACAGCCAAUACAGUUAAUAGAUACCAUUCGUCGGCAAGAAGUUGAUGCUGUUCUGAAAAAUCAAAAUAUUUUAAUUACCGCUGCUCAAGAAAUUAGAUCAUUUGUUGGUAAUGUUAAUAACAAAAUGGAAACCAUUUUGAGCAAUCAAGCCCGUAAUCCGACAGCUCAAGUAAAACCAAUGGGUUAUGACUAUCAAGCUAUCAUAGUCGAAAUGCGGGAUAAAUUUAAUGUACUAUCGAAAGAUAUUGCACAAAUUAAUUCAAAAGUAGGAGAUUGUCCAUCUAAUUGUUUAACAACCAUGAUGUUCCUUGUCUUUGUGGCUAUACAAAUGAUACUAUUGCUAGCGUAUAGUUUAUAUCGGGACAACAAAGAAGCACAGGCUAAAAAGUUUUAUUAAUGGUAAAGUUAAUAGUCAAAAACAGAGCUAAUAGUGAAUGUGUGACGACGAAUCUGUAAGAGUGUAUUGGGUUGGUGUUCGUAUUGCUCACUGUUCGUAUUCACCAACUAUGGUUUUACUUGACAUCUGUAUAAUAAAUGCAUCAUUUCAUUGAUCAGGUUGAUCACAU